UGUUGCACUUUUGAUAAAUAAAACACGACAUACUAUUAUCUUAAAACGAUGGAAAGAUGAAAAGAAUGGUAUUCCUUUUUUCUUGAAUGCGAAAAUAGUUUUAUCAGACAGUGCUUCCGGUUGAUCACGUGAUGGUCGGUUUGUUGGAACUUUCAACGUAACAGUAUUAUUUCUCAACCCACAAAAUACCCUUUAGCUGAACAAUAAUGGUUUGUGGCGGCUUUUCAUGUUCUAAAAAUGCUUUGGCAGCAUUGAAUGUGUUAUAUUUCAUUGUAGCCUUGAUUCUAAUUGGUGUCUCAGCAUAUAGCAAGGUAGUGUCAAUCAUCGUCAGUUUGUCAUUAGUGGGAGGAGUUAUUGCUUCUGGUGUGUUUCUGAUGCUGAUAGCAAUCAUUGGAUAUGUAGGAGCUGUUAAACAUCAUCAAGUCUUACUGUUUUUUUACAUGGUAAUAUUAUUUCUACUGUUCCUGUUCCAGUUCUCUAUAGCAUGUGCCUGUCUUGCAGUCAACGCUGAACAGAGGAGUUACUUUGCAAAUCAAGCCUGGACAGCAGCUAGUGAAAAAUCAUUAACAGCUGUACAAAACAAAUAUGAUUGUUGUGGAUAUUCUGAUCCCAUUAAAUUUCCUCAUCCUUCUUGUGUAAAGUUGGCAUGCUGUACUGGUCACAACAAUACAGAUCCUGUCUGUUCACCUAAUUUUAAACCAAAUGAGACAUUAACAUAUAAUGGCAUUUGUAAACCUUGUGAAUCAGAGAUGAAAGAGGCAAUACACACAGCUUUCUCUAGCACUGGUGGAGUUGGUCUAUUCUUCAGUUUUACAGAGAUAAUUGGUGUUUGGAUAACAAUACGUUAUAGAAACCAAAAAGAUCCGCGAGCAAACCCAAGCUCAUUUCUUUAACAUUAAUUAUUGGAGUGAUGAUAGCAAUGCGGUAUAGAAAUCUGAAAGAUCCUUCAGCAAAUCCUAAUGCUUUUCUUUGAUACAUUUACUGUAUAGUUAUAUAAAUAAAACAUUUUCCUAAAGUCCUACAGUUCUGUAGCCAUGCUCACAAAAAAAUGAUCUCAAUA